GAGAAGGAGAUCAUGGCGGUGUACGGUGGGAGCUGGUGAUGCGUUGAGCUGAAGAAAGUGUUCUUUGAGUGUGAAGUUUGCAGCGCACUGGAAGUGUGUGUUGUAAUUCGUACUGCCUGGUCCCCCACGAACUUUGAUACGGCUGGCGAGUCUGAACGAGCAGAUGGCGCUGGAGUGUCUGAGUGAUUCAAUCUUCCGACAGGUUGGGAUGCUUUUCCCCCCUCUUUCCCUCCCGCCUCCCCUCGUGGGCAGCAGGAGUGUGAUCGUUGCCGGUGGUUUCCUACUGGUCAUCAUGGGCAUCUUUGGGAAAAUCGGAGCCAUAUUUACUACGAUCCCCACGCCUGUCAUCGGAGGCAUGUUCCUGGUCAUGUUCGGAGUCAUAGCAGCUGCAGGCGUGUCCAAUCUCCAGUACGCGGACAUGAACUCCUCCCGCAACAUUUUCAUCUUUGGCUUCUCCAUGUUCACUGGACUGGUCAUUCCCAACUGGAUACUCAAAAACCCCACGGCCAUCUCGACAGGCGUAGUUGUGAUUGACCAGGUGCUGCUUGUGCUACUGACCACCAGUAUGUUUGUUGGGGGCUUCUUUGGGUUCAUCCUGGACAACACCAUCCCAGGGACCAAACAUGAGCGGGGCAUCAUCGCAUGGAACAAAGCUCACGAGGAGGACUCGAACAUCACCAUCGAAAGCGACGCGGUGUACGGCCUGCCCUUUAACCUCAGUUCCCGCCUGUCCUCCGUGUCCUGGGUGCGUUUCAUCCCCUUCUGCCCGUACUACCCACGCCACAGCCCACCUGAGCGCACCCCCGAGAGCUCGGACACACUGGACGUCCUCAAGGAAGCUGCCAAGAAGGACUCGACACAUAUCAUUGCUUCAGUGGGCCUAUAAUGACUAUGGCUCCCCCCUGUGGUGUGGGCUGCUAUGGCAACUCAGGCAGCUGACUGGGAAGUUCAAAUCUGCUUGAAAGGAUCCCUGGUCCAGUAUGUUUAGCUUAGUAUUGACGGCAUAUUUUGUAUAUUUUUGCUUUUAGAGUUUUUUUUUUUAUUAUCCUUCAUGGACAAUUGCCAAGUUUGUGUCCUGGCAUUAUAGAAUGCUGUUUUGAAACCUUUUUGGUAUGUGACAUCAUUCACUUUACUUUUUGUCUUUCCUCAACAUAAAAGUAUACAUCAUAAUGUUUCAUAUGUUUGAAAUUACUACUACACUGUACAAAUCAUUUGGUUUUGGUGCUUUAAAAUAAGUUUUAACAUAGCCUAUCA